GCAGUUACUGUAGUAGACCGCUACUCCUAUUAGUCUUGUCGUGAAUCCAGACCCCCCGGCCGCCUGUUUCCGUCCUCCGUCCCCUAUUCUCCGCUCCACGCCGAACUUCCAUAGCCGGCGCCGUAGAUUGCAGCCACCGCACCGGGAGCCCGUAAGGGAUUUGCCUGCAUCGACGGAUGGAUCGCGUCAAGAAGACGAGCAGCCCCGCCGCCGACCUCACCGACGACCUCAUCGUGGAGAUCCUCUCGCGUCUCCCGGCCAAAUCGAUCUGCCGUUUCAAGUGUGUCUCCCCGCACUGGCGCAGCCUCAUCACCGACCGCGCCAACCGCAGGAAGCUCCCCCAAACCCUCUCGGGCUUCUUCCGCCACACCGUCGGGCAAGACGGACACAACGAACCUAUAUCAGUUCCUGUUUUUUACAGCAUCGUCUCUGGGUUGGGGGAGGAAGAGAAGCAUGUUCGUGACCCCUCAUUGUCCUUCUUGCCCGGCUGCUACAAGACAAUUAUUCCGAAGGACUGCUGCAAUGGCCUGCUCCUGUGCCUCUGUUGGAAGGGUUCUCCCAAAGACGAGUCCAACUAUGUGGUGUGCAAUCCUGCUACGGAGAAAUGGGUGAUCUUGCCACAGUCUGACCAGGCCAGCCAAUUGUUCGUCAGGCAUGUGGGUUUUGAUCCCGCCGUCUCCUCCCAUUUCCACGUGUUCUCCGUCCUCGAGGGUCUGGACGGGUAUACCACUGGAGUAGAUGUGUACUCGUCCGAAGCAAAAGCUUGGAGUUACAAGGAAAAUGGCUGGGCCGAUGAAACUGUGUUGUAUGAACCAAGUGUCUUUCUCAAUGGCAUGAUGCAUUUCGUCUCCUGUGAAUUUACAAUAGUUGCAUUGGACACACAGGGCAAGUCAUGGAGGACCAUUCCUCUGUUGCAAACCAUGGGUUAUGAAGAUUACUUCUACGGGAAUUGUGCUAUUAUUGGUCAGUCCCAGGGUCACUUGCAUUAUCUAAAUGUUAGGGAAAGAGAUGCCUCUACACUAUCAGUCUGGACUCUUAGUAACUAUUGCAGUGGUGAAUGGCUCUUCAAGUACAACAUUAACAUUUUCCAGCUUUUCGGAUGGAAGGAUGUCAUCAAUCAACGCCAAUGGGACUAUACUUUGGUUGCAAUCCAUCCAGAAUGCAGUUUGAUUUUCUAUAUUUUGCAUCAUGAGAAUAUGCUACUAUCAUAUGACAUGGAUCAUGGGAAAGUUCACGUUAUCCGCAAACUCAAAGAACAUUACUAUGGAGCUACAUACAUUCCAUAUGUUCCCUUGUUCACGGAGUCAUUGGUUGAUCAUGAAUAGAUAUGCUUCUCCCACACGGAGUCAUUGGCUGAUCAUGCAUAGAUAUGCUUCUCCCAGAGUAAAUGCCAACAACUGUUUUCGUAAGGUUACAGUGAUGUCUUUUCAAUUCCUGUGUCUUGAGCCGUGAUAUAAUUAAACUCUGGAGUGGCAACUUAGGUAUUUAAUUCCGUGAUACUUCUGUUUGUGCUAUGCAUGCAUACCCACUUUUAUUUUGUCAAUAACUUUAGUUAUACCAUGGAGAUCUUGUAACUUGACAUUACAUCAUCAGUGAUUCAGUUAAUCCAACCUUUUUGUGACUA